AUGACGGAGCCUGAGGUGGGACUCCAGCAGAGCCCCACUCCACCCAGGGAGCCAGGCUGGAAGCUGGGCUCACCCAAGUGGCUGUGGUCAAAAAUAUGCUUGGAGAGGUGGAGAUGCUAUCAACAGAAACAGCUUAAUCACUCUAAGUAUAGACAUACAGCAAUCCUAAUAGCCAUGGAAAGAAGAGUCCCAGUAGAAACACAAUAUCUGGACAGUUCAGGAUUCAUCCCAUCCCAGCAGAAACACAAUAUCUUGGCAGUUCAGGAUUCAUCCCAAACUGGGAUACUUGCUCCUGCAGUUAAUGCCUUACCAGGCAGAAAUGGAAGAAGUGGUCCCAAAACUGACAAAGGAGAACCAGGAGAAGAAUUGAGAGGUCUACAGGGUUCAGGAAUGAAAGGAGAUUUAGGACCUCAAGGAGAGAAAGUGGAAGAAAGAGAUCAUAGAAGAAAUAAAUUUCUCAUGUUUCUUUGUUGCACAAAAGCUGGAAGUACACUUGCCUCUCCUAGAAGCAAGGCUGAAAAUAUACCCUUAAAACACUUAACACCUUGGAAGCAGGGUUAUAUCUCUGAUGAACAGACUGAAGACAGGUUUCUGUAUCUGAAUGGAGGAGCUGUAACUUACAGAAACUGGAAUGCUGAAGAACCAAAUAGUCUAAAAAAUGAAGACAGUGCAAUAAUAUAGGACUCUAGAAAAUGGAAUAACAUUACUUGUUCAAAUUCACAUGCCUUAAUUAUUUGUGAAUUCUUGAGCUUGUGA